UUUUAAAUCUUCAAAAACAAAUCGGAAUGAAAGUACUAGAAAUAAAAAAGAGGUAAAGAGACACAAAUCGUGUUGCUCACUAUGACAAGACAUCAAGGAGCAAAGCUUGCUCGAUAGUCGACCAACAUCUAGGCUCCACAAAGAACGCGAUGGCUGCAGGUAAUUUGUAAACAGCUGUUAAAAUUUUUGAUAAUUGUUGAGCUAUGAAAAUUUAUUGAUUAGAGAAGAUGAUGUCUUGAAAAAAGUUUGUUUAGAGAAAUUUUCAUGAGAUGUUAGUCAAUGAGAUGGUAUUCAUAAAAUUUUACAUAUUUAACUAAACAAGAUUUUGGUCAAGUUUUUCCAAUCACUUUCAUAAUUUCAAAAUUAUCUAUAUUUCUACAAUUGACUUUAUUUGCAUGUGUUACUUUCAGUUUCUCUUCAAACAAUUUUAACUUAAUACUUUUCUAACAUCUUGUAAAUUUCUUAUAAAAAAAAAUAAGCGUCAAUAACGCAACUGGUAAAAACUCUCUAGCAAAGUUUAGAAGUCGCCGGUUCGAAGGAAAAUUUUUUGGAGAGGACCAUAUCAAAUGUUCUGGUUCCUGGCCUAAGUGGAUAUACGGGCAUAGGCCAUAACCUCUUAAUAAUUCAAAAAUAUUUAAAAAGUUCUUAAAAGCUCAACAAUUUUCAAAGAUCUUUAAAGACAUUAGUAUUGAAAUAAUAAAAAAUUUCUUGCGUGUCAAGGAGGAGAAACAGAGUACAUGUGAAUAUUUUGGAUUUAUAAGGUGAAGUUUAAAUCACUAGUGCCAUUUUAAAGGAUGGGAUCAGGAGGGAGUAGUAACGCUUACAUUCAAAUGCUUUUUCAAAUUAGAAUUUAUAAUAUCUUUUUCAAAUUAGAAUUUAUAAUAUCUUUAAACUCUUUUUAAAAAGUAAAAGGAAAACACACAAAUACAGAUCUUUAAAGACAUUAGUAUUGAAAUAAUAUAAUUUUGUUUAUGUUUAAGAAGAUUAAUAUGGAUUUAGCUCCAUAUAUUCUCUUAAGUCAGUGACACUCGAUCUAUGGCCUCUAGGACUCGUCUUUGAUGUUUUUCAGUAGAAUCUAGGACACUAGCUAGGUAAUAUAUAAUUUCUUCGUAGAUUUGAAAAUCUAAUCAAAUUUAUCACAUUAAAAUAUCUUUGAUUUUAAAACACGCUAGUAAGUACAUCUAGUCUCUUACGAUUGAAACAAAAGUUCAGUUCUUUAAAAAACAUUUGUUGACAUUAGAAAAUAUGAUAUGGUGAAAAUCAAUUUCUUACACAUGCUAAAUCAUACUGUUUGAUAUCAUUAUCAAUUUCUAAGAACCGUUCCUUCGUAACCGUCCUGCUCCCACUCUUGGAAAUGACACAUCAAAUUCUGUGAAAUGGUUAUUAAUGUAUUUCAGUAAACGUUUCAAAAUCAGAAAAAUUAACUAUAUAUUGACCAAAACAGUUUGUUUGAGUCUUCAGAUUUCUCUCCGGGUUAUCUGAAAAAGCAUUUGAAUGUAUGCGUUACUACUCCCUCCUGAUCCCCUCCUUUAAAAUGGCACUAGUGAUUUAAACUUCACCUUAUAAAUCCAAAAUAUUCACAUGUACUCUGUUUCUCCUCCCUGACACUCAAGAAAUUUUUCAAAAGUAACGUAUUAACAAUGAAUACUUAAUUAUUUAUACUAAAAAUUUAAUUUCUCACUGAGGCAUCUCUCUUAAUUCCCACCUUGACUAAAUCUCUCUGGAACUUGGAAGCUUCCAAUAUUUCUCUCAUCAUUCAAACAUUUAUAUGGGUUGUGGUUUGGACGGUUACAAGAAAGCUGUUUUAAAACAUGGGCAUGGUCGAAACUUAUAUGGUUCUCUGGAGCCAGUCCGAAAAACAAAUUCCUCGUUAUAAGGAUGAAUAAAUAAGGGUACAUGCAAUGUUAAAAAGUUAAUUUGAAUUUACUUUGUAAAACAAACUAAAAAAACAAAAUUUCUUCGUGCAUGUCAGAGUGACAAACAUGAAACAUGCGUAUGCAUCUUUGUUUUUCGGGCUUGACUUAGUAAUACAUAUAUAAAAACAAAGAAAUUAGCAAUGGAGUGGACAUAAUUUGUCAAAGAUGUUUAUGAGCUUAAAAACAAAAUCAUCAUAUUACACAUUUCCAAUACUUCAGUUACAAUUUUCUCUUUAUGUGUCUACACUACACUAAUAUAUGCAUGCAUGUACGUAUUUGCAUUUACUAACAUGUUAAAAUAUAUAUAUUAUUGAUAUGAACGUACGUACUAUAAAUAAGAAGGCUACACCACCACUUAGGGGAGAGCUUAAGUUAAAGCGAAAAAAUUUCCUUCAACAACAGAAAAAAAGCCAACUCAGUUUCGUGAUCUCUACUCUACCAAAAAAAAAAAUGGAAGCACUCAUCACCUUGUCAUCAUUCAUCACCUUGUCAUCAUUUUUCCGUUCUCCCCUUUCCACCGUCACUACCAUUUCGCAGCGACCACGAUCAGUGACCAUGUGCAUGGGAAAAUCAGGGCCAAACACUCCCAAGGACAAGGUGGUCCUCAUCACGGGUACUACCGGCACUGGCAAGUCACGCCUCUCCGUCGAUCUCGCCAAACAUUUCUCUGGCGAGAUCAUAAAUUCGGACAAGAUGCAAGUAUAUAGUGGGAUAGAGAUUGCAACAAAUCUCAUCCCACUACAUGAGCAAGGUGGAGUUCCACACCAUCUUCUCGGUGACUUUCGUCCGGAAGAUGGUGAACUUAGCCCAGGAGAGUUUCGCUCUUUUGCGUCAUUGUCAAUCGCUGAAGUUGUUUCCAGAGGGAAACUCCCUAUUAUAGUGGGUGGGUCCAACUCAUUCAACCACGCUCUCCUUGCAGAGCGUUUUGACCCGACAAUUGAUCCUUUCGCUCCUAGCUCGAGUCUUUCAACCAUCUGCCCGGACCUGAGGUACAACUGCUGCAUCUUCUGGGUGGAUGUUUCAGAGCCGAUUCUGUUCCAGCACUUGCGCAACCGAGUCGACAAGAUGAUCGAGUCGGGGCUGUUCGAGCAGCUGGCCGCUUUCUAUGACCCUAUAGUCGAUUUAGGGCCCAGACUUGGGGUCCGAAAGACUAUAGGCGUAGAGGAGUUUGAUCGGUACUUCCGAGUGUACCCACGGGAGAGGAACACAGGAGUGUGGGACUUGGGAAGAAAGGCAGCCUACGAGGAGGCUGUUAAGGGGAUGAAAGAGAGGACAUGUCUGCUUGUUAAGAAGCAGAAAGAGAAAAUUAUCAAGCUAAUAAGAGGUGGCUGGGAAAUACAGAGGCUUGAUGCCACGGCGGCUAUCAUGGCAGAGCUGAAUAAGAGUUCAGCAGCCUUGGGAGAAGGAAAGAGUAGUUCGGAGAUAUGGCAGAAGGACAUAGUGGAGGAAAGUGUGGAAACUGUGAAUAGUUUCUUGUUGCAAGAGUAGUUUUUUUUUAAAUUAAAUAAUGUGAAUGUGUGUUUUAAAAAAAAAAUGUAUGUUAAAAAUAAAUAAAAGUAUGUGUGAUUUGAAGAAAAAUACCAUGUUAUGCUUUUAUGUGAGUACUUGAACACCUUUGCAAUAUAUCAGCUCUACCAUAUUUAUGUUUUUAA